AUGUCCAAGGUUGUCAUGUUUGACUUCGCCUUUUUCAACACUCAAAAAGACAAAGGCUCAGUCCGUCUCAACCUGCCGGUGAUGAUGGCACCUUGGGAUGGAGGCAGAUCUUUCGAUCGGCUGAGCUUAAGCAGCUGCACCGUUGGGGCUCAGCAGCUCACGACUUCAGUCAGCCCUAUAUUCUUGGCGCUAAGCACUUGA